CUCGUCUCCUUUUGAUGACGUUUACGAUUUCAAUUUACAGAGGAACUGCCACUGGUUUCGUGGAAGCAUUUAAAGAAAAAUCAAAAACACACACUUCUUCCAUUCAAGCAGUUGUCGUGUCCGAAUGGCACUUUAAGGCUGGGAUCUUGGAUGGAGUGAGUGUUGAGCCCCAAUGAGAUGACUGACCAGGGCAACAACAACCAGAACAUCUCCUGCAACCCCUUUGCUGCCCUCUUCAGCUCACUUGCUGAUGCCAAGCAGUUUGCGUCAGGCCAGAAACCAGAACAAUCUGCUGAACCAUCAUUGGAGGACUCAGAAGAUAGCCGGUCAGAGUCAGAAAACUCUGUGUCAGACAGCGUUGAUGACAAUGACGACUCUGUGGCAGAGAUCAGCCGCUCCUUCCGGUCCAGGCAGGAGCUCUGUGAACAGCUCAAUGUCAAUCACAUGAUCCAGCGAGUAUUUCUCAUCACCCUGGACAACAGUGACCCCAGUCUGAGAGGAGGUAAUGGGAUCCCCCUUCGCUGUGUUUACCUGGAGGAGAUGGCUGCAGAUCUGGAUGGACAGGACUGGCUCGACAUGGACAACAUCGGACAGGCUCUGUUUAACCGUCUGCUCGUACUAGAGCCAGGAAACCACCUCAUCUACAUGACGUCAUGCAGCGCUGUUAACCUGUCUGCUGAUCGUGAUUCUGGAGAGAAAUGUGUCAUCCCUUACCUUUUCGCUUGUUACCAGAGGGCCAAAGAAGAGGUGUUUGGCUUUUCCUCCAAGACUGUGACAAAGGUACCAGAGAAGUUACUGUCGUUUGCUGUUUGCUGUAAGAAGCUGACAGUUUCCAACACACGGACGGUUCUGCUAACCCCAGAGAUCUACAUCAGCCAGAAUAUCUACGAACAGCUUCUGGACUUGUUGCUGCAAAGUUUCAAUGGAGCACAGCCAGAGGAGGUGGUUGAGUUUGUGGAGGAGGUCAUUGCUGGCCUGCUUUCUGACCAGGAGGUGCGUACCUUCGAGGAGGUGAUAGCACCAGUGUUGGAUAUCUUCCAGGGACGCAUCAAAGACAUGGACCUGUGCCAGCCUCUCCUCUACUCUUACCUAGAUGUCCUGCUCUAUUUCAGCCACCAUAAAGAUAUUGCCAAGGUAUUGGUGGAACACAUUCAACCCAAAGACCCAUCUAAUGGUUUGCAGUACCAGAAAACCCUACUGGGAGCAGUGUUGAGUAUAUCCUGCUUGUUGAAAACCCCAGGUGUAGUGGAGGGACAUGGCUACUUCCUGAACCCCUCCCGCUCCAGCGCCCAGGAGACAAAGGUUCAGGAGGCCAACAUCCACCAGUUUAUGGGUCAGUUUCAUGACAAGCUGCACCAGAUCUUGAAAAAUUUGCUCCAGGGAUCUGGUGAGACACGCCAUUUGCUGCUCCUAUGGCUGGGCAGCUGUCUGCAGGCAAAUGCUGGCCGGGUCAAGAUAUGGGCCAAUCAGAUGCCGGAAAUCUUCUUCCAGAUGUACGCUUCAGAUGCAUUCUUCUUAAACUUGGGUGCAGCACUGCUGAAGCUGUGCCAGCCCUUCUGCAAGCCACGGUCACACAAACUGCUCACCUUCAACCCUUCCUACUGCGCCCUCAAAGAGCUGAGCGAAGAAGAGAGGCGCCAUCGCAAUGUGCACGUAACAGGUCUCGACAAGGAAACCUGUCUGAUCCCUGUGCCCCCUCAGCAGCCAGUGGAGUCAGCGCAGUCCUACAGCCUGCUGACUGAAAACCUCAUCCUCACACAACUCACCCUGCACCUUGGCUUCCACAGACUCCAUGAGCAGAUGGUGAAGAUGAACCAGUCUCUCCACCGGCUCCAGGUGACAUGGCAGGAGUCCCAGCGAACAGGCAACCCAAUGUCAGAGCAGCUCCUAGAGCAGUUUGAGCGUCUGAUGAUUGUUUACCUGUCAACCAAAGCUGCCACCACGCAGCCUGCGAUGCUGCAAUGCUGCCUUAACCUCCAAGCUUCCACGGCUGCUCUGCUGGUUCAGCUUGGUAUGGGGAACCAGGGGCCUGAACAUGUAGCACUCAGUUUCCCCCUGUCCUCCCUACAGAAGACUAUGCUCUGCUAUGUACCGGAGUUUUUUGCAGAGAAUUUGGGAGAUUUUUUCGUUUUCCUGCGUCGAUUUGCAGACGAUGUUUUGGAGAGUUCUGCAGAAAGUCUGGAGCAGAUUCUUAACUUCAUUACUGUCUUCAUGGGUAACAUAGAGAGGAUGAAGAACCCUCAUUUAAGAGCAAAACUUGCAGAGGUCUUAGAGGCGGUGAUGCCCCACAUGGAGCCGGUGGCCGCUGGUGCUGCUCAGCCAAUCAUGUUUCAGCGAGAGAGAGUCUUCUGCUCCUAUAGACAUGCACCUCAGCUGGCUGAGUCCCUCAUCGCUGUGUUUGUAGACAUUGAAUUCACAGGUGAUCCUCAUCAGUUUGAACAGAAAUUCAACUACAGAAGACCCAUGUAUCCCAUCCUCAAGUACAUGUGGGACAAAGAAAACUACAGAGAGAGCAUCAAGCAUUUGGCGCAAUAUGCAUCUGAGAACCUGGAGGCCAUGAACCCCCCUCUGUUCCUCAGGUUCCUCAACUUACUGAUGAAUGAUGCCAUCUUUCUACUGGAUGAGGCUAUUCAGUACCUGAGUAAAAUCAAGGUUCUGCAGUUGGAACGGGAUCGAGGAGAGUGGGAAGGACUGGUCCCCGAUGCCCAAAAAGAGAAGGAGUCAAGCCUGCAGAUGUUGGCACAGUUAGGACGCUUUCACAAUAUCAUGUCUAAUGAGACCAUCGGCACACUGGCCUUCCUCACCUCAGAGAUCAAGGGGAUCUUUGUGCACCCCUUCCUGGCUGAAAGGAUCAUCUCCAUGCUGAAUUACUUCCUUCAGCACUUGGUAGGUCCGAAGAUGGGUGCUCUUAAAGUCAAGGACUUCAGUGAGUUUGACUUCAAGCCCCAGCAGCUUGUUUCUGACAUCUGCACCAUCUACCUGAAUCUGGGUGAUGAGGAGAAUUUCUGUGCUACAGUUCCAAAGGAUGGACGCUCGUACUCUCCUAUCCUCUUCUCUCAAACAGUUAGGGUACUGAAGAAGAUAAACAAGCCUGGAGACAUGAUUGUUGCUUUUGCACUCAUUGCUGAUAAAAUAAAGUCCCAUGCAGAUAGACAGCAGCAGGAAGAGGAGACAUAUGCAGAUGCCCCAGAUGAGUUCUUGGACCCCAUCAUGUCCACUCUGAUGCUCGAUCCUGUUCUACUCCCUUCCUCCAAUGUCACAGUUGAUCGCUCAACUAUAGCAAGGCAUCUCCUCAGUGACCAGACAGACCCUUUCAACCGCAGUCCUCUAACCAUGGACCAGAUCAGGCCAAACCAGGAACUCAAACAGCAGAUCUUACAGUGGCUGGAUAAACAUAAGCAGGAGAGUCUGCAGCUGGGACCCAGUGGCUAGCCAGCCCGUGAUCCUUCGCUGUGAUAAACAAUGACUGCAUCCCUGUUUUCUUUACCAGCUCACAUCUUGAGUGCUCCUCUGCUUCUUGGCUAAUCCAUGGUGUGCUUGCCUCUGGACUUCUUCUGAUUUCUCCGGUCAGACUAACAUCGCAUUAGCCUUUUCAUGCAGCCUUCACGCUCAGUGGAUUCUAUCCGCGAAAACAGUCCAGCAAACUGCAGCCCACCAGCUGAUGACAACUUCCUCACCAUACCAAUCCACACAGUAGCUGUUCGAGUCCCAUGAUCCCCUAUGGUAACAUAAGUAGGGUGAUACAACCGUUGGUUCUUUUUCUCCCUGAAUACUGUGUAUUAAUUAGUUAUUAUUACAAUCAGAACUGUGGCCAGAAGUAUCAUUUUCAACAGGACUUGUUGAAUGUACUGUAUGAAUUGCUGAUUGACCAGCUGGCUCUAACCACAUUUUAUACUGUACGGUAAGUAUUUUUGGGAACUCUUAAGGGAUAACAUUGAUUGAACUGUUUAUAAUUUGACCUUGAUUUCACCUUGAUGAAGAAUACAUUAUGCACUGCUUUUUAAAGUUCUUGAACAUCCUACAUUUCAGCUCUUGUGGUUAAAUCUCAAGCAGCAUUGUAAAUAAUAUUUGCAAUUAAAGGCAAGGCACAGGUAAAACUGAAUUUAAUUGUGUGGGACUUUUAUUUUAGUGGAAUCAAUUUAAAUUUACUUGGUGAUCUUCAAAAUCUUGUAAUAAGACACCUGAAGCACAAAACCACACUAUUUCUCUGAACACAAACAUCUUCAAGUGCACCUGCUUUAAUCAAGCACUAGUUAAAGUCAUUAAUGGGAUCUCAGAUCAGCUAAUCGGUUGUUGGAAAUAAGGAUUUAAACUGUUUUAGUUACUACACAUUUUAACCACAGUUUAGGAUGAAGUACAUGCAAAAUAUUAAACUAAAGUCCACUAUCAAAUUGCUUGAUAGUUAAGUGGGGCCUUGAUUGACACUUAUUUGCUAUGCUUACACUACAAAUUAAGACUAAUUGACAGUGGUGUGAUGGGCAUCUCGAGGGAAAAAAAACUAAAUGGUAUAGUAAAGUGUUUUGUCCUUGGAAAAAAUGUUGCUCACAAUUUGGCUAAUUUGGCCAUUAAAUAGGUCACCAAUUUUAGAAAGAAGACAUAAACCAUUUGUAUUACGGGCUGAGUAGAUAAGUAAACUGAUCCUCAUGUUUAAUAUCUGUUCACAGACCCACUGAACAUACGCACAAAAUGACUGCUCCUAAUACACAAAGGCAAGAAAACACUAUCAACUUUGUUCAACCUGCAAAAACAUGGUGGCUGUUCCUGAAAUGUCUCCAAACUGUCCUCCAAAGUCAAACUAACUAGAUCUGAGGUGAAAAAUAAGCAGUGCAGUCACAGACCCAUGCGUCAUAAUAUAUCUACAAUGCCUAGUUUUAAUACAUAUUUAGAGACGGCAAGUCUAAAUAUACAGCAAGUCUAAACAUUUGAUGAUUUGUUGGCGCAUCUUUGAUUAAGCUUAAUUGUUCGAUGUUUCCAAACUCAAGUCUUGGGCCGAAAAAGGAGCUUGCAAAUAUAUUCUGGCUAGUUUUUUUGCAAUAUGUUAAAAGCUCAUAAUAUUUUCUCAAUGUACUCAUAUCAACCUCUAUUUUCUUUUUUCUUUGAAGAUCUUUGCAAUGACCACAUUUGUUGUGUUUGAACAAAAAAAAUAAGGCAGAAUGUAUGGUGUUCAAUAACUUGCAGUGUAUACUGUGUAAUAAUCAUUGACAUCUUUUAAAUUAACAUUCACCCGAUUAACUGAUGUAUCCUGAUCUAGCAUUUUGAACAGAUCGUUGUUGUUGUGUGCAAGCAUAAUAUAUUAAUAUGUAGGCAAACAAAUGAUCAAUAGAAUCGAUGACUAAAACCAAGAGCCUUGUUGUAAAUAUCAACGAAUGAGGAUCUGACUUGUUUCAUACUCUUAUGAGACAUUAUUAUGAGUUUGUUUCUUUCGGGCAUACAUGGAGCUGUGGGUAGAAUAUUAAAGACCGAAAAAAGAUAACCUGUUUUUGAGUAGCUUUUGAAUUAAAUGUUUUUAAUUCAAAAUCAAUUGUGGUUGUAUAAAAGGGCAAAAUGUGAGAGAAAAAUUCUGUAUUUGUUGGCAUGCUCUCAUACUGUAUGUUGAAUAUCUACCACCUGAAUGAUUUCAUGGGUUAAAUUAUAAUUCAAUAUUUUUAUUGUGAUUAUAAAAUGUUUAUUUUGGAUGUACAGUAUCAUUAAAAAAUAAAAAAUAAUGUGCGUUA